GUUGGGCUUCUGGGCAUCCAGAUGAUUUGGACUCGGGAUGCUGAGGAAGCACUUACCAGUGCCAGAACAGACAAGAAGAUCAUGGCCAACACCAACCAGAAGUUCCUGUCCAUGCUGAACCUUCUCAUUGACCAGACUACCAAGGACUUGACCAAGAUGGAGAGGACCAAAUAUGAGACUCUUAUCACAAUUCAUGUCCACCAGAAAGACAUCUUUGAUGACCUGGUGAAACUGCAUGUAAAGUCAGUCAGUGACUUUGAGUGGCUGAAGCAGUCUCGUUUCUACUAUAAAGAAGACAUUGACAGCUGCAUCAUUUCCAUCACGGAUGUCAACUUUACUUACAUGAUGGAGUUCCUUGGCUGCACUGACAGGCUUGUCAUUACACCACUGACAGACAGGUGCUACAUAACCCUAGCUCAGGCACUGGGCAUGUCCUUGGGUGGAGCCCCAGCUGGCCCUGCAGGCACAGGGAAAACUGAAACCACCAAGGACAUGGGUCGUUGUUUGGGCAAGUAUGUCGUGGUCUUCAACUGCUCUGACCAGAUGGACUACAGGGGUCUUGGCAGGAUUUACAAAGGUCUGGCACAGUCAGGUUCCUGGGGCUGCUUCGAUGAAUUCAACCGUAUUGAGUUGCCUGUCCUGUCAGUAGCUGCCCAGCAGAUUGCCAUAGUUCUGCAAUGUAAGAAAGAUAGAAAGAGUCAGUUCAUAUUCACAGACGGUGAUACUGUCAACCUGGAUCCAGAAUUUGGGCUCUUUCUCACCAUGAACCCUGGUUAUGCGGGCCGCCAAGAACUGCCAGAAAAUCUGAAGAUAAACUUCCGAACUGUGGCCAUGAUGGUGCCUGAUAGAGCAAUCAUCAUCCGUGUUAAGCUAGCUAGCUGUGGCUUCCUGCAAAACAUUGUCCUUGCAAAGAAGUUCUAUACCCUGUACAAGCUUUGUGAGGAACAGCUGUCAAAACAGGUUCAUUAUGACUUUGGUCUACGUAACAUCCUAUCUGUGCUGAGAACUCUUGGGGCCUUCAAGCGAGCCAACCCUGAAGAUGGUGAGCCCAUGAUUGUCAUGCGUGUCCUGCGAGACAUGAACCUUUCUAAAUUGGUGGAUGAAGAUGAGCCACUGUUUAUGUCCUUGAUUGAAGACCUGUUUCCUGGGAUGACACUGGACAAAGCAGGAUACCCAGACAUUGAAGCAGCCAUUGAGAGAAAGGUGACUGAAGCAGGACUCAUCAACCAUGACCCAUGGAUUCUAAAGCUAAUCCAACUGUAUGAGACCCAGCGUGUCCGACAUGGCAUGAUGACACUGGGUCCAAGUGGGGCAGGUAAAACUUGCUGUAUCCAUACACUGAUGAAAGCCAUGACUGAAUGUGGCACAGCCCAUAAAGAGAUGAGGAUGAACCCUAAAGCAAUCACAGCUCCUCAGAUGUUUGGUCGUCUGGAUGUGGCUACAAAUGACUGGACUGAUGGCAUCUUUUCCACCCUCUGGAGGAGAACCCAUAAAGCAAAGAAGGGAGAACAUGUGUGGCUGGUACUGGACGGACCUGUCGAUGCCAUUUGGAUUGAAAAUCUCAACUCUGUUCUAGAUGAUAACAAGACCUUGACUUUAGCUAAUGGAGACCGUAUUCCCAUGGCUCCCACCUGCAAAAUUAUCUUUGAGGUGCAUAACAUUGACAAUGCAUCACCUGCGACAGUGUCCCGCAAUGGCAUGGUCUUCAUGUCUAGCUCCAUUCUUAACUGGGAUCCUAUCCUCAAAGGCUGGCUCCUGAAGCGACCACCUCAACAACAAGACACCAUCUACUCAGCUUUUGAGGCUGUCUUCCCACACUUGUACUCAUUUGUUACCCAGAACCUGCAACCAAAGAUGGAGGUGUUGGAGUGUAACUAUAUACUUCAAGCCAUCAGCUUGCUAGAAGGGCUGAUCCCCAAAGGAGAUGACCACAAGGAGAUCAAUAGUGACCACCUGAGAAGAUUGAUUGUCUUUUCUUUGAUGUUUUCACUUGGUGCCUUGCUGGAGCUAGAAGACAGAAAGAAGCGUACAAUUGAGAGUUAUGUGGACAAGAGAAUGGGAACAACAUAUGGCCCACCAGCUGGCAAGAAGAUGAUAGUGUUUGUUGAUGACAUCAACAUGCCAGUCAUCAAUGAAUGGGGUGACCAGGUCACCAAUGAGAUCACCAGACAGAUGAUGGAGUACAGUGGCUUCUAUAACCUGGAGAAGCCAGGUGAGUUUACCACCCUGAUAGACAUCCAGAUGAUUUCAGCCAUGAUCCAUCCAGGUGGAGGCCGCAAUGACAUCCCACAGAGACUAAAGAGGGCCUUCAGCAUCUUCAACUGUACCCUCCCUUCCAAUGCUUCUAUUGAUAAAGUGUUUAGUACUGUUGGACUGGGCCACUUUGUCAAGGAACGAGGGUUCACUAAUGAAGUUCGUGAAGCUGUGAAGAUGCUGGUAACAGCAACUCGUCAACUGUGGCAGAAAACCAAAGUGAAGAUGUUGCCUACACCAGCAAAGUUUCAUUAUGUGUUCAACCUCAGAGAUCUGUCCAGAAUUUGGCAGGGCAUGCUCAAUACCAUCAGCGAUGUAGUGUCUAGUCCCAGUGUACUGAUGUCACUAUGGAAACAUGAAGCUACCCGCAUCAUUGCUGACAGAUUCACAGAGCAGAAUGACAAAGUUUGGUUUGAGAAUACAGUCAAUCAGGUGGCUGAAGAAAACUGUGGCCCUUCCUUGGCAAAUCUGAUGGAAGCAGAACCAUACUUUGUGGAUUUCUUUAGAGAAGCUCCAGAAGCAACAGGUGAGGAGACUGAUGAUGUAGACCUUGAUUCUCCAAAGAUCUAUGAACCAAUCCCAUCAUUAGAUGCCCUAGCAGAGAAGCUCAAGUCAUACCAGGCAGGUUACAAUGAGACUAUUAGGGGCAGUGCCAUGGAUCUAGUCUUUUUCAAGGAUGCAAUGACCAACUUGGUAAAGAUUUCACGCAUCAUCCGUACACCACGUGGUCAUGCCCUUUUGGUGGGAGUUGGAGGAUCUGGCAAACAGAGUUUAACCAGGCUGGCUUCUUUCAUUGCUGGAUACUUGACCUUUCAGAUCACACUGACCAGGUCAUACAACACUAACAACCUGUUGGAGGACUUGAAGUACCUAUACAGAACGGCUGGUCAGACAGGGAAGGGCAUCACAUUUCUGUUUACAGACAAUGAAAUCAAAGAUGAGGCUUUCCUGGAGUACAUGAACAACAUCCUAUCUUCUGGAGAAGUGUCAGGUUUGUUUGCUCGGGAUGAGAUGGAUGAAAUACUCCAAGAGCUGGUGGCUGUCAUGAAGAAAGAGUUUCCUCGCCGUCCACCAACAAAUGAAAACCUAUACAAUUAUUACCUGUCCAGGGUCAGGGAAAACCUGCAUGUGGUGCUGUGUUUCUCACCUGUUGGAGAAAAGUUUCGUAACCGCUCCCUUAAGUUCCCUGGACUUAUUUCUGGCUGCACCAUGGACUGGUUCCAGAGAUGGCCCAAAGAUGCCCUCAUUGCUGUCUCCAACCACUUUUUAUCAUCAUUUGACAUCACCUGCACACAAGCAGUAAAAAUGGCUGUUGUCAACACGAUGGGCUUAUUUCAGGACAUGGUGGCAGAAAUGUGUGUGGAGUACUUCCAAAGGUUCCGCCGACAGACACAUGUGACGCCCAAGUCCUAUCUGUCGUUCAUCUCUGGGUACAAGAUAAUCUACAAGGAGAAGAAGGAGGAGAUUGGCUUGCUGGCCCAUCGUAUGAAUACAGGACUUGAGAAGCUGACAGAAGCUACAGAGUCAGUCAAUGAACUCAGCAAGCAGCUGGCUGUCAAGGAGAAAGAGCUGGCUGUGGCCUCUAAGAGAGCUGACCAAGUAUUGGCAGAAGUGACCAGCAAGGCUCAGGCUGCUGAGCAGGUCAAAGCACAAGUGGAGAAAGUCAAGGACAAAGCCCAAGCCAUUGUCGACUCCAUUUCUGUAGAUAAGGCAGCAGCAGAGGUGAAGCUGAAGGCAGCCAGGCCAGCUCUAGAAGAAGCAGAAGCAGCUCUGUUGACCAUCAAACCAGCACACAUCUCCACCGUCCGUAAACUGGCCAAGCCCCCACAUCUCAUCAUGAGGAUCAUGGACUGUGUGUUGUUGCUGUUCCAGAGAAGGUUGGAUCCUGUUACAAUGGAUCCAGAGAGGAACUGUCUCAAACCCUCAUGGAGUGAAGCUCUCAAGCUGAUGAACUCAUCCAACUUUCUGGGACUGUUGAUGAAUUUCCCUAAGGCCAACUUAGUUAAACAGGAAGCUCGAUUGGCUGCUGCUAAUUCAGAUCUAGCCACUGCUCAGGCUCAGCUGGAUGAAAAACAGAAGGAGCUGGACACAGUGAAGGCUUUGUUUGAUGCAGCCAUGGCAGAGAAGCAGACUCUGAUGGAUGAUGCUGAGGCAUGUCGACGAAAAAUGAACAAUGCAGAGGCCCUUAUCAAUGGACUGUCUGGAGAGAAGAUCAGGUGGACUCAGGCCAGUAAGACAUUUGAGGCCCAGAUAGAGAGGCUAGUUGGUGAUGUUCUUCUGGCAACUGGCUUCUUGUCCUAUGCUGGGCCUUUUAAUCAGGAGUUCCGUAACCUGAUGUUGAGGUCAUGGAAGAGGGAGAUGCUGCAUUCAAAGAUUCCAUUCAGUGAUGACCUAAACAUCAUCUCUAUGCUGGUUUUGAACACAACCAUCUCCGAGUGGAACCUCCAAGGUCUGCCUAAUGAUGAACUCUCAGUCCAGAAUGGUCUGAUUGUAACUAAAGCUUCCAGGUACCCCCUGUUGAUUGAUCCCCAGGGCCAGGGAAAACUGUGGAUCAAAAACAGGGAAGGGAGCAAUGACCUGCAG